AUGAAAGUUUUACUAAGAUCGAGGACAUGCAUAUUCUCUUUGGCCCUGGUUGCUUUAGUUAUCUCUCAAAGAGCAACAAGCAAUCAAGAACUGGAUCCCAAGAUGCCGCACGUCUGUCGAGAUCGAAGAAAAGUAACAAAACAAGAAUUAGUUCAAACAUCGGUUAAUGUAACUAAAGAAUUUCGAACCCAUAUUAAGAGUGAUCGAUGCCCUCAGUGGUGUGUAGAAAUGAAAAAUAUAACAAAUCAAGAACUAGUUAAAACCUGGGUACCAAUAACAGAAUACGUCGAUACUUAUGUCUGUUGUCCUGGUUGGCAGCAAGUCAAUAAUAAUGAAAAAGGAUGUACGAAAAGGGAAUAUUACCUUUGCCCAUUUUAUCGACAUAAGAAUGAUAAAGAUGGAGUUAUCUGA